UGUCACUUUUUCCAAAAUUAUUACAAACAAUUUAAAUUAGAUAUAAACUUUCAUUGCCUUUUUUUAAACUUAAAUCAUUUAUAGCUGAUGAUGACUAGUUUUUAAGUGUCUCUAUGGACAAUUGGACAAUAGUGAUUAGUCUGACGGGCGUUCAUGUUCCAUCGAAGUUCUUAGGUAAUUUUUAUCAGUUUUAAUUUUAAAAAACUUCUUUCAGCAGUUGCGGUUGUAACUAGAAUUAAAAAGCAUGCUGUUAUAACCUCCGGAAAACUGGAUACAAGACUAUUGAAUUUUAUCAGCAAUAAUUCAAUGUGUUCCUUAAUGGAAUGAUUUUUUAUUUAUUUAUUUAAACUUUAUUGCCACAAUUACAAAAAUGGACAAAAGGCGGACUUAACGCUAAAAGCAUUCUCUGCCAGUCAACCUUUAGGCGUAGAGACAUUCACGAAUGCGGCUUUAUUAAAAAAGAAAAAAAAUGAUUAACUAUAAACAUACACCAAUAAAAGUAACUACAUAAAUAUUUACUUAAAAAACCCUAAAUAUACAUGCAUAGAAUACAUUUAAAUAUAUAUACAAUAUUUAUAAUAUAUAUAUAUAUAUAUACACAUACAUACAUACGUAAUCAUUAUUAACAUAGUUUAUAAAAUAUAUUGAUGACGAGACUGUGAAGGGAACUUGUGAGUAAAGUUUAACGUUAUUAGCUUUCUAGGAGAAGCUCAUGAACUUUCUUCUUAAAAAUGAACCUAUUAGGUGACCUAACAGAGUCAGGGAGGCUGUUCCAGAGUCGUGAAGGUUGAAGGGCAAAGGAAUCAGACAUAUAGCGAGAGUGAAAAAGAGCAAGAGAUAGUGCAAGAGUAUCAGUAGAACGAAGUUGAAGGUCAUGUGAGUCACAAAGAUAUAGAAAUUUGGAUCGUAAGUAUUCUGGAGAGUGAGGGUUGAACAGGAUAAAAUAUAGAGUAGAGAGCAUUCUCUGCUGCCUUCUCUGACGUAUGGGAAGCCAUCUAAGUUGAGAUCUGAACGCAGAUACGUGGUCAAAUUUACGUAGGCAGAAGAUGAAACGUAUGGCAUUGUUGAUGAGACGAUCCAAUUUGUUCAGAAGAUCAGCAUUCAGAUCGGGAUAGCAGACAUCAGAAUAAUCAAUGAGCGGGAAUAUGAGAGAUGUAAGUACAAGUAAAAUUUUUGUGUUGAUGGGGAGAAAAUUUCAAAAUCUAUUUAAAAAACGAAGUGAGUAAAUAACUUUGUGACUUACUUCGGCAAUUUGUGUGUUCCAACUAAGAGAAGAAUCAAUGUAAAGGCCAAGAUUUUUGACACUUGUGUUAAACGGAACAAUCGUGCCCUCAUACACGACAGAGCGGAGAGACCUAUGAUCAAUUUUGGCAAUUUGUUUAGAGCCACCUAUGAUAAUGGCCUGACAUUUUGAUGGAUUCACCUUAAUUCCAAAAUCGGCGGACCAAGCACUAAUACGUUGCAAGUCAUGGUUUAACAUUUCGAUGGCCAUAUUAACGUCCUCAGCCGACGUCUGAGUAUAGAUUUGUAGGUCAUCAGAGAAGGAAAGGAGGUUAAUAAAAACAGAAAAAAGCAAAGGAGAAAUUAUCCCACCCUGGGGUACACCAGCAUUUAAAUCGUUCCAAUUUGACAGAUCUUGCUUAAUGCGAACCGCUUGUUGACGACCACGAAGGUAAGAGGAGAACCAAUCCAGUGACUUUGAUGAGAAGUUAAGGGAAUUUUAAUUUCAGAUUUUUAUUUAUGCAUGUUAUAAGAGCCUUUAAUUGGUCAUAACUUAUGACCAAUUAAAGGCUAUUAAACGCUUAUGAGUCAUAAGGAUUAACUAAGAUGUCUUUACUGUAUUUAACCGACAGUUUUCCGGAAGCGUUUAAUAGUUCUUCGUUUGAAGAAGGCAGGAGUUUCUCUGGUUGUAAUAUUUCGAACAUAGUACUCAGGUCGCAAAGGCUCUGAUAUGUUUGUUUAGUUUUACAAAUUAAUAUAUUUAAACAGCAAUAAUAUACAUUGACUUUAAAAUAGGAUUCCGGGUCUGAAAUCCUCUUAUCAUGUGAUAACUCAUUUUGAAGUUUGGGAAGUUUUUAUUAAUUUUUGCUUACGCACAUUUGGGGCCCCCGUGGUCCGGGGCCUCCAUAGCGGUAGCUACGCCCCUGGGUAGAAUCCAUCAUAAAUACUCAUAUUUCACCAACAGCUUGACCCGAACGCACCCUCUAGGCCGAUCUUGGGUUUAACAAGCAUACUACCGUACCUACAGUUUACCACUAUGUAACACCAUGCAUACGACUUUAGAGUGGUCCCUAUAAUUUGAUCCAUGGAUUCACAUCAUGUGGAAGAGAGAAACUCCGAGCAGUUCCCAGGACUUACGACCCAGGUGUAGGUUAUUAUGUAAAAAGAAUGUCAAAAAAAUACAUUUUUGUUUUGCAUGGAAGCAGGUUAUUGUGGCUGGUCGUGGCCAUUAAUGAUAACCUAUACGUUUGCGUUUCCAGCGAGAACCAAUCACAGGGGAUGGGGUAAAUCGUUAUCAUGGAUUAUCCCAACACCUACUUAGCCAGUCCUGACAGCCGGAAAGUACCAGCUACCCGCUGAAGACACAGAACCUUACACAACACCAGAAAUGAGUGCAGUAGGUACCAUCAAAACUGUUAUUUCACUGUCUAUAAGGUGAAAGUACUUCUCCAGGUACACUCCAGUUCAAGCAGGCUCUAUAUACCCUAACUCUCGUCAAAAAUCUUUAUCCUAUUUUUAUAGCUAUUACAAAUUUUUGAAAAAGAUAGUCCCUGAAUGCAGCCCAAGGUUUGACAUUGACAUUCACUUGACAUUCAAAGUUUUCCGAAUUGUUUCACGCACAAUAAAAAAAUAUAAAAUAAAAAAAAUAACACGUAAUAUACUAAAUAUUACUUUUGUACUAGUGUUGAUGAUAAGUAUUUUUGUGAUUUUGUUUGAUAAAUCGUUAAAAAUUGUGUGUUUAACAUUGCGUGAGCUUAACUUUGUAAUAUUAUUAUGAACAUAGGUAUACUUAGCUCGAUAACGGAACGUAAUUCUUGGCGACGGACGGCAGAAGUUGAAGUGCACAAUUUAUUGAAUUUCUGAAAUCAUGGUUUUAGAUUAUUUGGAUCUAUUCUUAUUGAUAAGCAAAAUUACUUCAUAUUAAUUUAUCCUUGUAAUAUAAGAAGGUUUAUGUAAUUCAUGUUAUUCUGUUUUUAAUUAAGAAAAAUUGUUAUAUCACAAAAAGUGUUCGAUGGACUUUAGAAUCAAUAACCCAGAUUCGUGUUAUGUUUUAAUGGAUACAGUAUAAUUUUCAUGAGGAUAACAAUGUGGUAAACACCGCGUCCCAGUUACAAAAUUAAUUGCUGAUAGUGAAAAUGUUGUUCACCCCGAUUUAUAUAGCUAUGACUUUCAUAAAAACUUGGCGCAUUCGCUCUUUUAGAGCGCGUUUGCUUGAAUUUCUAAGUGGAAACACGAGUGUCGCUUUCUGUAAAGUGCCCGAAAAUGCUGCAGAAACUCCCACACUAAGUUCGAGACUAUGUACAAAUCCAAAAAAUGCAUAUCUAUGUGACCUGCUGGACUACACUAAUGCCACAAGGAUAUGUAGUAUGAAACCUAUGCAAUGUAUAGAGAUAAAUGAUUGGGUGUCAUGUGCGGGAGGAUUGCCUCUCGGCUCUGACGAUCAGUCUCCUGUAACAGACCUUGAUGUUGAGGUCCUAUUUGAAUGUGAAAUGGAGCCCAAUGAAUCUAGUUCUGAACAAGACAUAACAACUUUAGAGUCAAUGGGUCAGCCAGUGGCAUGGAAAGCUGGAUCACACCUAGCCAUAGUGAUCAAGACUAAUAUUGAGAAUCUUAGUGCCAUUGGGUUCAACUUUGUUGGUGGAGAAUUUGUUAUAGACCAUAGACUCCCAGUUGUCAGAGUUCAGACUGUCCAAUUGUCUGGAGAACCUAAUAAAGCUACUGAUCCAGCCAUGAGAAGCUUGCGAAGUGAAAUUCAACAUGGUCUUAAACAGUCAUUUAAUGUAUUCCAAUGGCCAGUUCAUGCAGCUUUACUCCGUAAACUAUCCAAAGUUGUAGAUAUAAAGUCUGACACAAGGAACAGUACUGUUGAAAUGAAUGGUGGGACUGAAGCUCCUCUAGACACAGCAAUUCCCAAUAAAAGGCACAUUACCUUAGCUGAUGUUAGUGUCAAUACUGGAAAAUCAUUGAAUGCAGAUGAUGAAGUUUUGAAACCUGAAGAAGCAACAAUAAAUUUAGAAAUUGUUCAAAAACCACCCGAUAAAUCACCAGAAAAGCAUGGUACCACUGAUGAAAAAGUAGGAAAACCUGAUGAGGUAGUUUUUGAUAAUGUUACUGUUGAGAUACAGCAUAAUAUUACACCAAAGAAAUCAAGUUUAAGAUUAGACUUGAAGAAAGGGACAAGCCAACUUUCUACAUCACUACUCAACAUAUCCAGUCAAAUUAAGUCUGUUACUACUCAUAAAAGAAUAGUUAGUACAAAAAAGCCACAGCCCGUGGUGGAAGCAUGUUCUCAAGUGAAAGAGGACAGCCAAAAAGAAUCUCCUUCACAACAGAGUACACCAAAGUCUGCAAAAUGCUCCCGUCCAUUAGUUAAUACAAAAUCACCAAAUGUGUUGAUAUAUUCUGAUAGUAUAGCAGCUAGAGAUAACUUGGAGGCUUCUCUGAGAAAAGUGUUAGAUUGUGAUAGGUACACAUUGUACAGUGUGACUCGGGAAACAUUAGAGACGGGUGCUUGGCGAGGUCGUGCCUCCUUGGUGGCCGUCGCGGGUUGCGUAGGGAGAUGCGCUCCGCUACUGUUAGCCCAUUUACUAGACGGCGGCAGAUUGCUGGCACUCUGUUCCGACUUGCUGCACACCGUGCUACCGUAUUAUAAGACUGCUGAGGUUCGUGAAAACGAAGUAGUGCAAUUUUCUUAUGACAAAUGGAAAUCAGUGAAAAUGAAACACCACAUAUUCUGCUACCAAGCGUCCCCAGCAAAGAAACAAUUCUCUACGGAAACAGAUAGACAGCCUUCCAAAUACACUGGGCAUCCAGGUCACGAGCUCGAUAUCCAGGUUCUAGCAUCCGAGGAGACCUGGAGGACGCCCUCGCUACUGCAAGCGACAGACCUUACGAACAAUGGAAUAGCAAUCUUUUCACAAAUACAUUUAGAAGUCGACCCAAGCGACUAUUUAGGCGAGGAAGGUGUGAAAAGCAACGAAGCUCGUCUCGGUAUAAUUCACAAGAUCAUUGGAGACACCCUCGGCCUCCACGUUAAAGAUCCCAAAGAGGUCUCGCACAUAGAAUACACCAGGGGAUUUUUUCUAGGAAAUCAUGUGCAAAAGCUAUCGCUCAUGGAGCAAUGGUGUCCGCCUUCGGAAGCGCCACGAGUGCAGAAACUUGGUGAUAUAAGGAUACAGUGGUGCCUAAGGGGCGAGACACCCAUUGAGCCUCCUUCUAGCAACUUCUUGCCGGUCUACGUGUACGAAUGUCCAGACAACUUCUCCACAGUAGAAUACUAUGACAACCUGACAUCCCGUUCUCUCGGGCGCGUGGUUAUCUACACCGAUAUUGUCACCACCACCAUGGACCUGGUGGGGGUACCGCUGGGGCAUGGCGUGGCGGCCGUCGCCCGGCGGCAGUCGCAUGCGGUCGGCCGUCGCGGCAACACGUGGCUGUCGCCUGUGGGCCAGGCCGUGAUGUCAUUACAGAUAUGGCAGAAGAUGUCACCAACCCUCCCAUUAGUUCAGCACGCGGCUGCGCUCGCCGCCGUGCGUGCCAUUCGAUCAAUACCCGCGUACGAACAUUUGGACAUUAGAAUAAAGUGGCCGAACGACAUCUACUUUGGGCGCGAGGUUAAAAUAGGCGGCACCAUUACGCUUGCGAAUUGCAUGGCGGAUAACGUCAUCAUCACAGUAGGUACCGGAGUAAACAUAAGUAACAGCAUACCGACUAUAUGCUUGAACGACAUAAUAGCACAACACAACAGGAAGCAUGGCACUUCCCUACCCUAUAUUACAGUGGAAAGAUUUCUAGCGCGAUAUUGCUCCGAACUGGAGAGGACCCUGGACUAUAUGACGACAGAAGGAGGGGUGGAAGCAUUCCUGGAACAAUACUACCAGUACUGGUUACAUUCUGACGAGGAGAUCCGCGUACAAACAGAAGGUGGCAACGCCUCCAUAGUCCACGGGAAAGUGGAGGGAGUGGAUGAAGCAGGAUGGCUGAUUGUUCGUGCUAACGGCUCCACACUACGCCUCGAGCCUGACGGGAAUACAUUCGAUAUCAUGGCCGGACUAGUCGCCCCUAAACGAUAACCCUACCUGUGUAGGGUUACCAUCCGUCUAGGAGACUUUUACUCUAUAGUACGGACUUUGUCCGGAUUUUUUAAAUGACAUUUAAUAUGAAUAAUAGAAGUACAUAUUGAUUUAAAUACCAUACCGUUGUGAUAAUGUUACCAUUUUGUGACUAAAAAGUCCGGACUUUUUUCGAUAUGUCAGGAUUUUUGUCAGGACUUUUGAAAUUCCUAAAUGGUAACCAUAUACCUGUGAGCAAUAUUUACUAUAUGAGGAGCUGGCGAACAAAACGGUAUAAUUACCUAAAAAUUAAAUUUUACAGGAGCUGUACAAAACUGAAUGACAUACCUCUAGUGAGCUUUUGGCAUGGUUUUCAAUUUAUAAAUUUAGUAAUUUUAACAGUUUAAGGCGGUUUUGAUUGAACAUAAUUUGAGAUUCAAAUUUAACAGGCCCGAAACCUCCGGAUUGUAAAAAAAAGUAGUUUGACCAGAUGCGUAAUUAUACCCUUUUUUUCGCCAGCUCCUCCUAACAUUAAAGAAAAAAAUUAAUGACCAUUAGUUCGGAAUACGGUAUUCGAUAAGUUUUAGAAAACGACCUCACGUUAUUACUAAUGUACAAAGGUCCAUAAAAAGGAUAUUCAUCAUUCUAUUGUGGAUUUCAGUAAAAAAAGAACUAAAUUAAAAAUUACAUUUUAGGUUAAGCCGCGAAAACGUUUCUCUGAACAUUAUGGCUUGUCACUAGUAUGUGACGUCACACGACUGUCAUAAAAAUGUCAAACGAUACAAUGCAAUGUAAUGGUAAUAUUAUUAUAUAAAAUGAAAACUACACAACUCAUAUUUUCAAGCUUUCGCACAGAGCCAUUUUGUAACUAAUAACGAAAACACUACAAUUGUCACUAAAGUCUAAAACAGCCCCGAUCUUAUAUCAAGAAUUACCGACAGUUUGUUAAAUAUGUCGCCUUUAAAAAAGAGGCGGGCAAUUAUAACAUGUGACAAAUGCCUGUCAUAUUUAUAAGCAUUUCUGAAAAUGUUCUUAAAAUUAACACAUUAUAACCUGUCACUCGACAAUUGUCAGCUUACAUAUGUCAGUGACAUAAUGUCGACUUGGUGAAUUAGGGCCCACUCACACCAACAAAUGACACGAAAGAAAUCGAAGUUAGGACAUGUGGAGUAGAAGGAACGAAAACACCAAAUAGAAUACAUAAUUUUAUUCUAGAUAAACUUCAAUUGAAAAGCCAAGCUGACUAAUUUGAUUAUGAAAUUAGUUUUUUUUUACUUUUUUUUCGUUUACGGAUGUUUUAAUUUGACGUCCGUUCGAUGAGCGAUUUCGUUGUCCAGACUCGGGCUAUUAGGUCUAUCUUUUUUAUUGGUUUAGAGGGGAGGCGGGCAAUGUUUUUUCCAUACAAACGCUCUCGACUGAUUCCUCCUUGAUUUUUAUCACUAGAGAAAUGAUUUUCAUACAUAAAAUAUAAUUUCACUCAUUCUAUGCUCCCAUGUCUUCCUUUUUUCGAUAACUUGUUAUUUAAAGAAAGUAGAAGCCGUCAAAAAUGCCAAAAAUAAACUAUUUUUUAUUACCACUAAAGACGCCUAGUAUGAAGAUUCAAUAAGCAUUUAUAAAAAAAGCAAAACAUAGAGGCCUCGUAUAACAACUUAUUAUUGUAAGGGUGAAAUUUCUUUUAGAUAUAGGUAUCUUAUUUUCGAGGAGGAAAACGUCGGAGUUAAACCUCAAAUGCAAUUUUAUAGGCUAUUUUCAGCGUUAGUUACUGUACCCUUAGCACGAACCAAUAUCGAAUUCGAAUAGUUUGCGAGUCCGGAAUGGCAUUGUCAAAUUUUGUAUGUCAAACAGCGCCACAACGGAUCUAGAUCAAAAAUUUGACAAUGACAUUUCGGCCUCGCAAACUAUUCGAAUUCGAUAACGGUUCGUCCUAAGGAUACUGUUGUUCCUAUCGCACGGUAUUUUCCAAUGCGCGACAGCAAUAAAAUUUUCAAAUACCUAUUUCGCAAAUGUCUCUCAGCCCGCGUACGCGUUGGAAGAAAUUUUAGUUAAAGAUACUAUCGGCUAGGCCGUAGUCAAGGCGAAUGGACAAACAAAUUGUUCUAUCAAUACAUUUCUAUAGCAACGAAUAAGUUAGGUUCCUCUCUAUAAUAGUAACAUUACAGUAUAGCUUUACUGUUAAAACUACUUUAUUGUUAUUAUAUACAGGGCGUCCCACGGCUACCUCACACGGAAGGAAAGUAUAUUAAAUAUUGAAGAUAGGAUAUUAUACUGAAAGAAGACUGCAUUUUAUUUUUAAUAAUAACUAAAACUGCAUUCACAGAUUUUUUAAAAUCGCCUGUUACAACUGGGAAUCAAACUCGUGAAAUGACGAAAAAAAAAACACGACACGUUUUAUGAUAAUCAUCGAAAUGGUUAAUCAUAAGGAUUAUUUUUUGCUAAAUAACAUAGCAUUUUAAAUGAAUGGAUCGUCUUAUUACUUGAUAAAAAUAAUAAAGUGAUAUAUAAUGUGUAGUACGUAUGCAUUUCUUUUUGAACUCACAGUAGCCGCGGGACGCCCUGUAUUGUAAGUGUUUAUGUAUAAUUUACAUUAUGCAUUAAUCUUCCUGUUUUUUAACUUGUAGUUCAUAUUAUAACAAAUUUCUGCUCAGUUGAAUUUCAAUCAGAGUGCAAAGAGUCAGCAAAGAUAUUACCUAAUAAAAUAUCAUUGUGGAUUAUUUAACAGAAGUUAGACGUAUGUACCUUACUAACUUAGCCAGUAGUAUAUUAUUGUAGGUACUUAUAUGGAAUUGUAGCACAAAUUAUGACAUCAAUAUCGUUAUUUUAAAACGUAGCAUGUACUUACUAGAAUACCUUUCGAAGACAUACAUAAUGAAUAACUACUUGUGUAAGUGGAUAUCUCGAGGUUUUUAAUUUUUUUGGCUAUGGAUAAUGGUUAAUAUGUAUUGGGUUUCUUAGUAACGAGGUAAUUUUUUUAAUAUUAAAAUAAGUUUUCUAUUUCUGCAAUUGUGAUUAAACGUUUAACAAAAAAUAGACUUUAUUUAAAGGCUCGUAAUGUUUUGUUAGAUUUAAACUUUAGCCAUAAGGCGUUACUUCCGUAUAUAUCGCUUUGCAAUAAAGGAAUUGCAGGUAUGAAGGUUGUAAGUAGGUGGUCCUAUAUAUAUAUAUAUACAUAUAAUAUAUGUAUAUCACGUUUAGUAUGAACAGCGAUGACACUGCCAUUGUUCUAUUAAAUAGUGUAAGAUAUUAAUGGGCUUAGUUCAGACGUUAUUUUCUAAUCUCAAGACUAAAUAAGACAGUAGUCCCUCUUUUUCAUUCUCUGCACAGUAUGAUAAGGAUAUAUUACUGGGAAAUUUAGCUUUAGAUCUAGUAAAUCAUGCCAGAUCUAAGUCCAUUGUCAAAUAUCUUUAGAGUUAAUCUUAAAAUAAAAGAAAACCGUUCUUAGAAUAGACUUUUAUAUGACAGAUAUGGAAUCUCAAAAAAAAUGCUUUGUAGCAUAGAAUUAGUUGUUAUAUGUAUAUUAAAAUGGUAUUUCAUUGACUGCUUUGCAGUAAGGCGUGUAAAGAUUUGCCUGUUUUCGCUAUCUUGGACGUAUUGUGAUGCCGGCACUUCACUUGGCUAUUCGUAUUUGCAAUUUGUAAACUUGACCAGUUUGAACAGUUUGUCCUUAUCAGCUUUUUAAGGAAUGAAAAGGACGAACUGGCGGCAUUGAAUGCUGAUAUUCGUGUAAUAUAAAUAAGGUGAAGUGGAUUCAAUUAAUCAGUAAUAGCCUGCGCAGAUGAGGGAUUUUGUCCACGGAGGACUUUUGUCCGCCGCAAUAUAUCGCUUACAACUGCAUCGAGAAACGCACACAACGGAUUAUGAAUACCGCGGACAAACAGUCGCCCGAAUUAACGCGGACAGCGAGGGACCGGACAGGGCAAAAACAAGCGAGAGUCCGCGAAAAAAACUAGUCGACACGGAGUUAGACGAUGCACGGCUUUCAACGCCGCACCGCUGUGCCGGUCGGAGUGUGGGGGUGUUAGGUUUAUUUCUUGAUUCGAUCGCCGCGCUCAAAGCCCGCGAUAAAAGCUAUGCAAUAGCUUAAUAGAACACAGGUGACAAGAGACGGCAACGCACUCAGCGGACUUUAGUCUGCGUUUCGCGGUCGAUAGUGAUGUGUGUUGUAAAGAAGUGGAAAAAAGCACUCCUUUAUAUGAUACAUCAAAGAAAGAGUAUCACCGCCGAAAAGACAAUGGCGAAUUAUUUGAUGAAGGAAUUUUUAGCGUCUAUAGAUGUCAUCAUCAAAAAUGCAAAACAAAAAAAUCUUAAAGGCUUUAUCAAAUAAUUCUGGAAGUCUAAAACUAAAAUUAUGACAACACAAUUGAAUAAUUGAAUUGUGUUUUCAUAAUAUCAUGCGUCAUUUCUUCUGAGCCUACUAUUUUAAGUGAUUUCAGUGAUUAAAUCAUCCUCAAGUAUUUUUUUAGUAUGUUUUGCAUUGCUUAACUAUAUCUUUUAGAGAGAUCGCAAAACAUUCUUUUAUUCAAAAUUUAGUGAAAGCAUAACAAAUAAUCUCAACAAUACAAAUAAAUAAUCCGAAAUAAAGGGAUGGACCAAGUGUUCCCCUUUAGAAAAUCUUCUUUUUCUUAAACUUCAUGUUUAUUACAAUACAACAUUGUCUUAGAAUAUUGCUUCCAUAGCGUUGUACCGCACUAAAUUUUCGGCCGACAAAUGUCCGCACACCGUGUGCGUUGAGUCCUGAAUAACAAGUCGUCGGCGGACAUUUUUUUCAUAAUACGGGGACAAAAUUUCGUCGUCUGCGCAGACUAUAAAGAAGUUGAACAAAAACGCCGUUACUGCAUCAAUCACUACCUCAGCCACUUGGCUUUGCCAAUUCUUUGUGAAUAUUGUUGUCGAAUUACUCAUAUUCUAAUAAGAUUUGCUGAAAAAAUCUAAAUUUUGUAUCAAAGAUAAAAAAUAAAUAAAAAAACAACUGCCUUGGGUUGUUCUAUCUUAAAUGUAAAAUAUCAAAACAUGUAGCAUUGUUAAUGCAAAUAAAUAUUAAAAUAAACAUACCGUCAAUAACAACCUAUAAUUAUAUAAUCUUAUAUAAUAUGUAUAAAUAAUUAUUUAUCGUGUUAAGUGUAUAAGAUGAUUAUGAAUUAUAAUGUUUGUUUUUAUUUAUUAAUUACUGAUAAUUCUAUCAAAAAUGUGCCUAAACUGUGUUAUGUAAUGCGUUGCAUUCAAUCACGUUAUUGUUAAUAAUACCUAGAUUGUUGAGAUGUUCAAGUGAAAAGUAGGUAGUUUAACUAAAUGUAGGUAGUAGCAAAUACCACUUGAAAUUUUGGUGUUAAUAUAAGUGACAUGCUAAAAAUACUAAUAAAAUUUUGCAAUGCAUGUGAUUAUUCUAGUUUCCAAAUUGUCCUAAAUUUAAAAUCACAAUAAUUGUUGUAAAAAAUCUAGUCAUUUUCGCUGUUGUCAUGUGAAGUUUUGUUAUUCCAUAAUGGAGUCUAUAGUGUUAUACUCUUUAUUAAACUCUUUUUUCUCGUUAAAUACCUCUUGUUGUAAUAUCGUCCUGUAAUAAAUUAUUUCAGAAUAAUAAUUAUAUGUGUUUUAUUGCGUUAUUAUUUAUUUAUUUAAACGUCGAGUGACAGAUUUUGAUAAAAAAAACAGUAACCGAUUUGGAUGAAUCCUGUUGAAAAACAUAAAAAUGUGUAAAGUAACAAGAUUGUUAUUCCUUGGUGAUCAAUCUUACUUAUACCAAACAUUUUGUUUAAUAAUAAUCCGCGUUUUCGAACUGCAACUUAUGAGAAGGAAUUCCCGAAGUAUUCAAAUGAUAAAAAAAGAAUAUUGAUCCCGCGAGUGGUUCCUCCUGCAAUUGUUCAGCCGCCAUGUUGCGUCGCGACGUGGUGAUCACAAGAUGGCGGAGGCCAGGCCCCGCCCACGUCACGGAAGUGGUGCGUGAAGUGGGCAGUUUGAUCGUUUCCGUUAUUCUGCGAGAGUCUGGGUCUAUACGUAGUACCUUGAGAAAAGGAACAACAAAUUUGAGACAGAUAAACUGCCAGUCAUUGUACACCGAAUAGUCAUUGGACAGUUGUAUAAACAAAGAUUAGCAAACCUGUUCAAAACAAGCAAACAAGGGAACCUGUUCAAACGCAAACAAAAUAUUAUUCUAUUUUAUUCAAAUUUGAGACAGAUAUUAAAGCUGUUUCUC